GCACAGCCACUUUCUUCUCCUCCCCCCACAAUGACAAACACUCAGAAGGCUUCGGAGAGCCCGGACCCCAUCCCUCCCUCCCCAAGUUGUUCCUCUCUCCCCUUCAGCCGGCCCGGUCAGCUCUCAGGAGUACUCCGCCAGGAUCCACACAGAGCCAAAUGUGAGAAAUGUGGACCCGGCUAUCCCACGCCUCUGGAUGCCAUGAAAGGGCCCCGAGAAGAGCUUCUCUACCUGCCCUGUAUCUACAGGAACACGGGCACAGAGGCCCCUGACUACUUGGCCACCAUUGACGUGGACCCCAAGUCUCCUUCCUACAGCCAGGUGAUCCACAGGCUGCCAAUGCCGCACCUGAAGGACGAGCUCCAUCACUCCGGCUGGAACACCUGCAGCAGCUGUUUUGGUGACAGCAGCAAAUCCCGCACCAAGCUCAUCCUGCCCAGCCUCAUUUCCUCCCGCGUCUACGUGGUGGACGUGGCCACCGAGCCCAGGGCCCCAAAGCUGCAUAAGGUGGUGGAGCCCACAGAAGUGAUGUCCAAGUGUGACCUGGCCUACCUGCACACCAGCCACUGCCUGCCCAGUGGGGAAGUGAUGAUCAGUGCCCUGGGGGAUCCGAAGGGCAAUGCUAAAGGAGGGUUUCUGCUGCUGGAUGGAGAGACAUUUGAGGUGAAGGGGACGUGGCAGAAGCCCGGAGGGGCUGCUCGAAUGGGCUAUGACUUCUGGUACCAGCCUCGGCACAACGUCCUGAUCAGCUCCGAGUGGGCUGCUCCCAAUGUGUUCAAGGAUGGCUUCAAUCCUGCAGAUGUCUCUGUUGGGCUGUACGGGAGCCAGCUGCAUGUUUGGGACUGGCAGCGUCGGGAGCUCAUACAGACUCUACAAUUGGAGGAUGGGCUAAUCCCCUUGGAGAUCAGGUUCUUGCAUGACCCAGCUGCUUCUCAGGGCUUUGUGGGGUGUGCCCUCAGCUCCAAUAUCCAGCGUUUCUACAAGACUGAGGGCGGGAAGUGGGCAAUUGAGAAGGUGAUCCAGGUGCCAUCCAAGAAAGUGGAGGGGUGGAUGCUGCCCGAUAUGCCAGGCCUGAUCACAGAUAUUCUCCUGUCGCUGGAUGAUCGGUUCCUCUAUUUCAGCAACUGGGUCCACGGCGAUCUGAGGCAGUACGACAUCUCAGACCCCCAAAGGCCCCGCCUCGUGGGACAGAUAUUCAUUGGAGGCAGCAUUGUUCAGGGAGGCCCCGUGCGAGUCCUAGAGGAUAAGGAAUUGAAGUGUCAACCGGUGCCUCUGGUGGUCAAGGGUAAGAAGAUCCAGGGGGGUCCCCAGAUGAUCCAGCUCAGCUUGGAUGGACGGCGUCUCUAUGUCACCACCUCCCUAUACAGUGCUUGGGAUAAGCAGUUCUACCCUGAUCUCAUUAAGGAGGGCUCUGUGAUGCUGCAGGUUGAUGUGGACACAGAGAAGGGGGGCUUGACACUGAACCCUGAUUUCCUGGUGGAUUUUGGGAAGGAACCUCUGGGCCCAGCUCUAGCCCAUGAGCUCCGCUACCCUGGGGGUGACUGUUCUUCUGACAUCUGGCUCUGAGCCACCCCUGCCCUCCUUCGGAGCCCAAACUCCUCAGGCUCUGCAAGUCUGGGCCUCUUGGCAGGGCCUUCUGACUUCCUUCCCCAUUUGUACCCCACCAAGCCCUUGGGGAGGGGAGAACCUGGUCUGGAAUCUUAAGAAGCAGCUCCCUUUUUAAUCCCUGAUUAUAUUUGCUCAUCAUCUGCUAUUUUUAUAUGGUUUCUUGGUUAACCUCGAUGUUGCCGUGAUCUUCCCAUCUCCCUCCUCCCACUGGUGGUGGGUAUUAAGGAAUAAAUCAAAUACUUUCCCUUGGGUCUUUUAUAAUUGAGAGAGAUAGGCAUUUACAUGUAGAUAUAUAUUCCCAGCACAGCUGGCCUUUUUUGCUUAGGCUAAGGAGCAUGCAAGAGUUUUAUGAGCUUGUAAACCCAACUCCACAUCCAUUACGUGUGUCUAGUUAGCCCGUGCGAUUAUAAUAUAGUGCUAUAAGAUGAUAAAUAUGAAAAUACAUUUAAUAUGACUGAACAUAUCUAUAUCCUCUAUUAGACUGCUUGCUGCCACGGGAAAAAGGAAGGAUGGGAGGGAGGGAGAAAAAUAGAAAUUAAAACCUUUAAAAUGCUGAAAAAUAAAAAAAGAUUUUUUAAAG